AAAAUUGAAAACCUAUUAUACAUUUUGGUUCGUAAAUAAAUAUUAUCAUCGAACUCAUAAUAAGCCCAAGUUAGAAAAUUUGAGCCCAAGAAGAAAGGCAGUUUUAUAAACCCAAAACAUCCCCCAAACCGACGUCGUUAUCAUCUUGAAGCGUGUUCUCCGAUUACCACCGUCCACCGACCUUUCUACCUCCAUGCGCCACCUCAUCACCUUCUUCAACUGCCACGUUCCAACUCCUCUGAGGUGUGAACUCAUAUACACAGUCCACCAAACGUAAAAAUUUUCUUCAUAUUUCUUCAAUUAUCCAUCUUUAGUCGAGAUAUCGGUUACUAAUCAGAUGGAGAUCAUAAACGGAGGGUUGAACAACUGCGAUCGCCGUGGUAAUUCCGAUGGAGUCGAUGACAGUGGUGACCUGGUUGUGGAUAUCUACCCUCUUAGUAGUUAUUACUUCAGUUCAAAACCUGCUGUUGCAUCCAAGGACGAGAACGAAACCUUAGCUGAUCGCGCACAACGUUUGAAAUCCAAUUAUGAUGCUCAUGGCAUGAGGAUUUGUGUGGAGGCAGUGAUUUUGGUUGAAUUGUUCAAGCAUCCUCAUCUGUUGUUGCUCCAAUCAAAAAACUGCAUCUAUAAACUUCCUGGUGGCCGAUUAAGAUCCGAUGAAUCAGAAAUUGAUGGCCUAAAGCGAAAGCUUUCCAACAAGCUAUCUGCUGCUGAUGAUGAUAGCUAUCGAAAUCAAUGGAAUGUUGGUGAAUGUAUUGGAACAUGGUGGAAAUCUGAUUUUGAAACAAUUCCUUACCCGUAUUUACCUUCAAGCGGCAAGAACCCUAAGGAGUGUAUUAAGCUUUACAUUGUGAAGUUGCCAUCGAGUAAGGACUUCAUUGUGCCAAAAAAUUUGAAGUUGCUAGCUGUUCCAUUGUGUCAGCUUCAUGAAAAUCGAAAGACGUAUGGAUCGAUAAUAGCAGGGAUUCCGGAGUUGCUUUCAAGGUUUUCUAUCAACAUUGUAGAUACUUGAAAUAUCAUAGGGUACACAUGUAUAAAUAUUUAAAUAUAAAAAGAAAAGGACAUUUGUAUAUAUACUAUGUGUAAGUAUGUGUAUGUUCUGUAGUUAGCUUUUUACUUUUUGAACAUCUUGGAAUUAAAGAAAAAAGACUUUGUUUUGUUGUA